UCACGGGGGGCGGGGGGUCAAGACUCUCUGGCCCAUCCAAAUAGCCGCGCUCCGCCUGCCCAUGCCUCUGCAAAGGGCGCGCACAUGGCGACCCAGACACACUCCCUCAGCUACGCGGGGUGCAACUUCUUGCGCCAGCGUCUGGUCCUGUCUACUCUGAGCGGGCGCCCAGUCAAAAUCCGAAAGAUUCGGGCCCGAGAUGACAACCCAGGCCUCCGAGAUUUUGAAGCCAGCUUCAUAAGGCUACUGGACAAAAUAACUAAUGGUUCUCGAAUUGAAAUAAACCAAACAGGAACGACCUUAUAUUAUCAACCUGGCCUCCUAUAUGGUGGAUCCUUGGAACAUGACUGUAGUGUCCUUCGUGGCAUUGGCUAUUAUCUGGAGGGUCUUCUCUGCCUGGCACCAUUUAUGAAGCACCCAUUAAAAAUAGUACUGCGAGGAGUGACCAAUGACCAAGUUGACCCUUCGGUUGACGUUCUUAAGGCAACAGCUCUCCCUCUGUUGAAACAGUUUGGGAUUGAUGGUGAAUCCUUUGAACUAAAGAUUGUGCGUCGAGGAAUGCCCCCUGGGGGAGGAGGUGAAGUGAUUUUCUCAUGUCCUGUAAAGAAGGCCCUGAAGCCUAUCCAGCUCACAGAUCCAGGAAAAAUUAAACGUAUCAGAGGAAUGGCGUACUCUGUACGUGUAUCACCUCAGAUGGCAAACAGGAUCGUGGAUUCUGCAAGGGGCAUCCUCAACAAGUUCAUACCUGAUAUCUAUAUUUACACAGAUCACAUGAAAGGAGUCAACUCUGGGAAGUCUCCAGGUUUUGGGUUGUCACUGGUUGCUGAGACCACCAAUGGCACCUUCCUUGGUGCUGAACUGGCCUCCAACCCACAGGGCCAAGGAGCAGCUGUGCUUCCAGAGGACCUUGGCAAGAACUGUGCCAGGCUUCUGCUCGAAGAAAUCUACAGGGGUGGAUGUGUGGACUCCACAAAUCAAAGUCUGGCUCUAUUGCUAAUGACCCUUGGACAGCAGGAUGUUUCCAAAGUUCUGCUAGGACCACUCUCUCCUUAUACUAUAGAAUUUUUGCGGCACUUGAAGAGCUUUUUCCAGAUUAUGUUUAAAAUUGAAACCAAGCCGUGUGGUGAAGAACUUAAAGGUGGGGAUAAAGUGCUGAUGACCUGUGUGGGCAUUGGCUUCUCCAACCUUAGCAAGACUCUCAAGUGAUACUGUCACAAGAUAAAGCCCCAUUACCUACAGAAGCUGCCAAAGACACCAAAGGGACUAAGUCCACAUGUAUUGAUCCAGAGCAGGAUAGCCACUUAUAUUAAGGAUUUCCUACUAAAAUAUCAAUAUGCAAAUAAAAGGCGUCUCUCUGCUAAAAA